UCGACUGCAGUGUACAGCUCUGGGAGGGAGAGGCAGGCACUGCCAUUCACUACUCACUCUCUAUUUUAUUAUUAGCUCACUUGGAUCUGGCAGCGGAGCUUUUUUUUUUUCUCAGCAGCAGUGACUUUUUUUAUGCAUUGCGCAACCAAGUAUAGCCUGCACAUAUUUUGGAUCUCAGGUAAAGGUGUGGGAAUACGGCGAGAGAGGAGCAAAUGAUUAGGGGUCGAUGGAAGCCGCUACUGUAGGGCAGAUAGGACUCAAUUGAUUGGCCCUUUAAUUUAAACCCACACCGUCGUAACACCGCGCACUGCUCCUUUUUUUCGCGUCCCCAUGUUCAAGACGGUCAAUUACCCGACGGUGGAUCCUGCGCCCACCAUCAUGCACGGUACAUGGUUAACCACAGAGUGCAGAGAAAACACGCCCGUGGCGGUGGGGAAACCUAAGAAAAAGGCGUUCAGCCUGGUCAAAAUAAUGUCUCUGAGCAACAAGAAAGGACACGGCAACCAUCCGCACCACAACAACAACAUGCCCUUUACGAUCCACUGUCACAUCGGGAAAGAGAUCAAGCACAUUUGCAGCAAUUGCAGCCGCGGGAACGACACACAGGACGCUGAGGAGGUAGAGAGGCUGGCCGCCAUGCGUUCUGAAUCCUUGGUCUCUGGCACCCACACUCCACCCAUCCGUCGUCGGAGCAAGUUUGCCACUCUGGGACGCCUCCUGAAGCCCUGGAAAUGGAGGAAGAAGAAGAGCGAGAAGUUCAAGCAGACCUCUGCUGCGUUGGAGAGGAAGAUGUCAGUGCGACAGAGUAGAGAUGAACUGAUCAAGAGAGGAGUGCUGAAGGAGAUCUUUGAAAAAGCAACCGUUGAAUUCCGAUCCUCGAUGGACGGCGGCAUCUCCACUCAGGAGCCCUCUAUGAAGUCAUCUAUGGUCCUGCCCACCAAGAAAUCUGUCACCUACUUAGGUGACCUUCAGGAUACCCCAGCCAAGCUGCCCCUAUACCACAAGCAGCCUCCUGCUCUCCCUCCAAAGCCUUUCUCUAGGAUCCCAAACCAUAGCACAGAUUCUUGCCAGCCAUUGAAGUUGCCCUAUAUGCCCGGGGGGAAGCACUCUCCUCCUCUGCCUCCCAAGAAAGUGAUGAUUUGUGUGCCUCCAGGGGGGCUGGACUCCACCACUUCCCCCUCUCCAUCCCCCAACCCCCUCAGCACACUCUCCCAAAAGUGUGCCCCUCCCCAGGGCAUGCCAAGCCACCACGGCACCUUGCUGCCCUCCCAGCUCGCCUGUCUGUCCAGUCUUCACCAGAGCCACGGCCAUCCGCUCCAGCUUCAGUACGGCAGCUUGCACGCGCCCAGCCGCAUCAUCGAGGAGCUCAAUAAAACCCUGGCGCUCUCCAUGCAGAGGUUUGAAAGUUCUGCAUUGCACGGCGGUGGUCAGUGCAUGCAGCUGGACAGAAGAGAAGUGCCGUCUGUGAUCAUCGACUAUGAGGAUGACAAGGAGAACAUGCCCAAUGAGUCUGACUACGAAGAUCUGCCCAGCAUGUAUAAGGAUGAGGACGAUGAUGUGGAUGAUGACGAGGACGACGACGAAGAUGAUGACUCCAUAUUUACAAGUACCCUGGCUCAGAAGGUGCUGAGGAAAGACUCUCUGGCCAUCAAGCUGAGUAACCGUCCAUCCAAAAGAGAGCUGGAAGAGAAAAACAUCCUUCCCAUGCAGACAGAUGAGGAGAGACUGGAGUCUAGGCAGCAGAUAGGCACCAAACUCACAAGGCGCUUGAGUCAGAGACCCACAGCAGAGGAGCUGGAACAGAGAAACAUCCUCAAACCUCGCAAUGAGCAAGAGGAAAUGGAGGAGAAGAGGGAGAUAAAACGAAGGCUAACACGAAAGCUAAGCCAGAGGCCUACUGUAGAGGAGCUGAGACAGGCCAAAAUUCUCAUCCGAUUUAGUGACUACGUGGAGGUUUCAGAUGCCCAGGACUACGACAGGCGGGCAGAUAAGCCCUGGACCCGGCUCACAGCAGCUGACAAGGCAGCUAUACGUAAGGAACUCAACGAUUUCAAGAGCAAUGAGAUGGAAGUGCACGAGUCAAGUCGCCAUUUAACCAGGUUUCACAGACCAUAGUAGACCACCACUGUCUCGAGCGGUGCCGGAGCGGCGCUCUCCUCCACUGAGAACCUUAAGUGCUGGACAGUAAAAUGGUGCCCGUUUCUACAAUAAGGCCAUGUCUUCAGAAAUGCCUUUUCAAGACCCAAACAACUGAGUCGGUACUACGCCCAAGAUGCAGACACCCACUACUCCAUCCACUGUAGUAGCACAUAAAGACUCCAGUUGAUUCACAUCGCCCCUCAGUGGAAUUUGCUCGACUGUCUCAUACACCUCUCUGCUGAGCUCUCAGGCAGGCGCUCAGUUCUGUGGCGAUUGGACAGCGGGACAGUUUUUGUUGAUUGAUUGACACUUUCUACAUCUACUGAGGGCAAAACUGUACCUUGGUUCAUCAAUAACACCGGUGGACUUGUCUCUCCCUCUUCUUCAUUAUGCUGUCACCCCCUCUAGCCCUGGAUAACUCUGUAGGAGGAUGCAGGGUUGAUCAUUCUGAGCUCACUACAUCAGCAGGGGAUCCAUCUUCACAGCACCUGCUGGGACUUUGGAAACAGCUCAGAAAAAGACACAUGGGUGGGAGGGGUCCACCAUUAGAGUCAUGUGCAAUAUUUUAUUUCUCUGCUUCUCCUAGGCUAUAGCAUCCCCUGGAGUUUCCCCUGUGUCAUUACUAUGUAGUCCUGACUUCCCUUCUUCCCUCAUAUGUUCUCACUGUACCGACAAUGUUGUCAUCUAAUUGCUAACUGUGAAUCUGAGAGCUUGCACUGCACUCUCUCCAAAUGUACAUUUUGUUUAUACUGAGGAAGGAAAGUUACAUUUAAAGAAGAAUCAUGCUUGACCAAGUUUCAUUCAUGUCAGAAUCUUAUAAAUUUAAUGUAGAAAAUUGCAGCUGGCAGAUAUAUUCUGGUUCCAGUGUGUGCAACAAUUAUGUGUUUUAUAUUAUUUUAUCAGUUUUUAAUUGUUUUUGAUAGAGGCACUUGGAUCAUAAAUGAUAAAUUUACAUGUCUUUACGUGUCCCAGCUCUUUGGACGGAGUAAUUUUUGGAAUUAAUACCAAGAGCUAGGCUCACCACGUUGGUAUAUUUGACUUUUUUUUGUUGUUGUUUGCAGCUGUAUGUUUAAUGAUCUUUGCUCAUAAUGUGCAUUGUAUUAUACACUUUACUUUUAUACUCGUAUCAUUAUAAGCUUUUGAACAAGCAAUAUCCUUUUGUUUGUAGAGAAAAGGUUAAACUGCAGGUGUCCCCUUCAUUUUUUUUUUUUUUUUUUACUGUGCUUCUACACAACGCCUCACUUCAGGGUUUUAAUUUUCUUUUAUACUUUACAUUAGGAUGGCUUUAUUCAGGAGGACUUUUUCUGCAUUUUGUCUUGACUGAGCCACUAAAAAAUAUCUGCCUCUCGUUUAAACAAGAUUCGAUUCAACCUCAAAUCCUACGUUCAAACACGAUGAUGCAUUCACAAUCCUAAAAAAAAAAAAGAUGAGCACUGAUUUUAGUGGAUUAAUUGAGUCAGGAUUUUUAAAUUUGUAUUGCUGAAAUCCUUUGCACUGUUAAGAGGUUGGCUUUACAAUGGUCACUGUUUUAAGGUCAGGGCCCAAGUGUGUAAACUAUUGUUGGAUGUCUGAUCUGUGACCACUUUGUCUCUUUUAUUUUAAUGGUCUCGUUACUUGAUCACUGAUCCUACACCAGUAUUCCAAUGCUCACAAGCUUUAUGUACACAGAAUAUUUUUGUUAUUUUUUACUAAAUUACUUUUAAAGUUGCAAUAUGAAAUUCUUGUUUGUCAGAUGAAGAAACGUAGUACAGAUGAAAGGCUAUGGCCACCUUCUAUAAUACAUCUGACCGCAAAGGAAAAUGUGUUCUCCCUUAUUUUCAAGAUCAGUGAUGGCUAGAUGACCCAAUAAAACCUGAGAACUGAGAACAUAGACAAUUGUUUUGUACUUCAUGGUUUAUAUGUAUGAUAACAGGGGUUUUAUUUCUCUUCAGAAUCAAUGCACGGGUUAUUCUCAUGUCACCUUGCCCCUUUUUAAAAAUCUAAACUUCAUUGGGUCAUCUAACCUCAGAGACGUUGAAAUGUAGGGUACUUUUUUGUGUUAGAACCAGCUUCUGUAUGAUUCCAGCAUCACGCCAUUUUUGAAAUUUUCCAUCCAUAGGUUCCAUACAAUAGAGCAUAAUAGGAAUGAAUUUACACAAAUACACUCCAGUUCUCAUUGUCAGCUCUCAAGAGAGACCACCUGAGCCACUGGGCUGAGCAUGAGGUUUUCCAUUUUGCUGGAAUCAAGGAACAUGAAUUCAGCAAUAAUCUGUUUCCUUUUACAUGUUGGUGGAGCAUCUGAUGAAUUUGAAAGUGUUCCUUUUCUUUUUUUUUUUCAUUUUUGAAAUACAGAAUACCAUGUAAAGGAUACAUCAUGCCAAUUAAAUUCCAUUUCUGAAUGCAUUUGCACUGUAUGCAUUAUCAUUUUUGAGAUUAAAAAAAACUCAUCCCUGUU